CUACCUGUCUCUGAACCCGUAUUCUGUCUUCCUUCCUUUUACAGUAGCAGUCUCCCUGCUUCUGUGAAAGCCUGUUCUUUCUACUUUGUACACUCAAACCCAUCCCUUAUUGCUUUUUCAAGUACUUUUCUCCUGCAAAUAUAUCUUAUCUCUACUGGAUCAUUCUCAUCAAUAUGCACACAUGCUAUAGUAUAUUCCAUCUUUUAAAAGCACAUAAAUAGUCCUUGACCCCACAUGCCUGUCAAAAUCCUCCGCCAUUUCUUGACUCUUCUUCACAGGAAAACUUCUUGAAACUAUUUUCUACACAUUUGCUGUCUUCAGUUCCUCUAUCUCCUCCAACUCUUCAUUCCUCUCCAACCUGGCUUCCAUUCUCACUUUACUGAAAAAGAUAUUUCUAAGUAUGCAUUUUGUUUCCAAAUACAACUGUUACUGUUCUGUCAUCUUCUUACCUGACCUCUAAAGUAACAUUCAACACACUUGUCUACCUUCUACCUAAAUCAAAUUUUCUCUUGUAGCUUCCUGACACCAUGCUCUCCCUGGUUUUCUUGCUGUCUGAUUCCUUCUUGUGGAUUUUCGGUAAUGGUCCUCUUUUUCCACCAAGUCUCUGAAUGUGGAAGUACCCUGGGCCCCAGUCCUUAGUCUUCUUUGCUUUCUAUAGUUUCAUAAACCCUUCUGAUCUUGCCGCUGAGCUGAAGACUUGUAUCCAAAUGCCUGCUUGGUGUGAGAUGUGGAAUCACCUUGCAGAAAGCAAUUUGGCCUUUGUUCGUGGUUCUUUUGAGCUAGACCAACACUUGAGGCUAAUGAGUGGGGGUUAACCAGACCAGAGGGGAGCACCGGGGUGUGCAGUGCUGACUAAGCCUCACAAUGCAUGAUGUAAUCUAUCAUGGCCAUGUGGUGAGGCUGAUAAGAGCCCUGAACACAGAGGGUCAGAGGACCUUCCUGGUUGGUGACCAUGGACAGGAGAGGGUAGCGUGUACCUCUCUGGGAUGUGCAAUCUCCACACUGUGAACCCUCCCAGACUUCACCCUACGUAUCUCUUUGUUUGUAUUCUUUUUUAAUGUAUGUUAAAGUUGUUUUUGCAGGUAUGGUGUUUCCCUUGAACUCUGUGAGUCAUUCCAGCUAAUUAUAGGACCCAAAGGAGUAGUAGGGGCUGGCUGGUCUGAAGUGGAGAGAGUCAUAUGGACUCCUGAGCUUGUGGCUGGUACCCUGAGGGGGUAGAGGAAAACCCCAAGUUUGUGGCUAGUACCUGCUGACCUAACUCCAGGUGGCUAAGGUCAAAGCGAGGGGCUGCAUGGGCAGCUGGGGUCUGAACUGAACAGGGAAGGGAAGCUGAGAUUUCCACAGGACGCAGUUGGCAUGUGGAGUGGGAUUUGUUGUCUAACACACAAUUUGGUGUCAGGAGUGGUGAUCUAAGUCUCCCCAGACUGACAUACCUACUUGGCAUCUCCUCUUGGAUGUUUUAUAGGCAUCUCAACCUCCACAUGCCCAGACGGAACUCUUGGUUUCCCACCACAUGCCUGACAUCUAUGGCAGCCUUCUCCAUCUCAGUAAAUGUCACCAUCAUCCACUAAGUUGCUGAAGUUAAAAACUUACAUGAAAUCUUUGGUUCUCCUUUUCCCUCUUCCUGCCACCACAUCCAGUCAAUCAGCAAGUUGUUCAGUUCUGCCUCCAAAGUACAUCCUAAGUCCACAUAAUUCUCUCCAUCACCACAGCUUCUACCCUAGCCCAAGCCACCAUUAUCUCCCACCUGCACUAUUGCAGUAACCUCCGUGCUCCCACUUUUUCUUGUCAUAAUACAAUCUGUAAGAGUGGCAGGGUAAUCUUUAAAAAUAUAAAUCUGGAAAUUCAGUGUCUUCCCUUUGCACUAGAAUAAAAUCCCACCUUCUUAUCAUGGCCCAUGUACAUGAUCUAAUGCCUGCACACCUAUCUGACCUUAUUUGGUACCACCCCCACUAGAGACACACUGUGUGUCUUCAGCUUGGGGCCUUUGCACUUACUCUCUUGUUUCCUGAAGAGCUUUUCCUCACUGGUUACUUCUUAUCACCCAGAUGGCAAAUGUCACCUCCCCAUAGAAGCCUUCUUUAAAGUACUUCCCUCCCAUUUCUCCUUAUGUGUUUACUUGUCUGUUGUCUGCCUUAUUCUAUUGGAACUAAUACUCCAUGAGAACAGAGACUGUGGCCACCUUGUUUAUCUCUGUAUUCCCAGUGCUUAGAAUAGUUAAUAACCUCUAGUUGAAAUGAAACAAAUGUUUGUUGCCUGUCCAAAUAAAAAAAUGUUUGGAACAUAGUUCAGUUUUUUGUCAUAUCAUUUCCAUUAUUAUCUUCUGUCAUAAUUAUGACUGCCACCAAAAAUAGUGACUUCCUGAUUACUGUUUCUGAGAGCAGUAACUCUCUAGUUAACUAUUUCUAAUCCAUGAGGGGCUAGGACAGUUAAUUAACCUUUUUAAGGGUUGCAUGUAAAGAAUGGGAGAAUUCAGAAGUAAAGCACAUUAGCAAGGGGGCAUUGUGCUUGCUACCUCCCAAUCCCUGAGUCUUUUUUUACACAGAGAUGUCCAGAAGCUGUCUUGCCCAGAUCUUUAUCAUUCCAAUCUUGCAGGAAAUACAAGGACUGUUACAAGAUAUGUGUAGAGUACUAAGGGAGUACAUUGUGAUAAUGAUUUCUGAUGCUUCUGAAGACAAAAUCUCCUUGGAUGUUGCCGAAGAUGGAUGCUACACUGAAUUUCAGUCACUAGUGGGUCUGGAGUGGUUUCUAAUUGCCAACAGAUCUUACAAAGUCAGUGCAGCAAGCUCAUUUUUCUUCAGUGGUGUGUUUGUGGGAGUUAUCUCUUUUGGUCAACUUUCAGAUCGCUUCGGAAGGAAGAAAGUCUAUCUUUCAGGUUUUGCUCUUGACAUCUUAUUUGCUAUUGCAAAUGGAUUUUCCCCCUCAUACGAAUUUUUUGCAAUAACUCGCUUCCUGGUGGGCAUGAUGAAUGGAGGGAUGUCACUGGUGGCCUUUGUCUUGCUAAACGAAUGUGUGGGCACCGCCUACUGGGCACUGGCAGGAUCCAUCAGUGGCCUCUUCUUUGCAGUUGGCAUUGCCCAAUAUGCCCUGUUAGGAUACUUCAUCCGCUCGUGGAGGACCCUGGCCGUUCUGGUUAACCUUCAGGGAACAGUGGUCUUCCUCUUGUCUUUAUUCAUUCCUGAAUCACCUCGUUGGUUAUACUCCCAGGGUCGACUGAGUGAGGCCGAAGAGGCUCUGUACCUCAUUGCUAGGAGGAACCGUAAGCUCAAAUGCACCUUCUCAUUAACACACCCAGCCGACAGGAGCUACAAGGAGACUGGAAGUUUCCUGGACCUUUUCCGUUAUCGGAUCCUCUUGGGGCACACUCUGAUCCUGAUGUUCAUCUGGUUUGUGUGCAGCUUGGUGUAUUAUGGCCUAACUCUGAGUGCAGGUGAUCUAGGUGGAAGUAUUUAUGCCAACCUGGCCCUGUCUGGCCUUGUAGAGAUUCCGUCUUACCCUAUCUGUAUCUACUUGAUUAACCAAAAAUGGUUUGGUCGGAAGCGGACAUUAGCAGCAUUUCUGUGCCUAGGAGGACUGGCCUGUCUUAUUGUAAUGUUCCUUCCAGAAAAGAAAGGCACGGGUGUGUUUGCAGUGGUGAAUAGCCAUUCCUUGUCCUUGCUGGGGAAGCUGACUAUCAGUGCUGCCUUUAACAUUGUUUAUAUCUACACCUCCGAGCUUUACCCUACAGUUAUCAGGAAUGUUGGGCUUGGAACUUGUUCCAUGUUCUCCCGAGUUGGUGGAAUUAUUGCUCCCUUCAUCCCCUCACUGAAAUAUGUGCAGUGGUCUUUACCCUUCAUUGUCUUUGGAGCCACUGGCCUAGCCUCAGGCCUUCUGAGUUUAUUGUUGCCUGAAACCCUUAACAGCCCAUUGCUAGAGACCUUCUCUGACCUUCAGGUGUAUUCCUAUCGGAGGCUAGGAGAGGAAGCUCUGUCAUUACAGACCUUGGAUCCCCCACAGUCUGCAGACAAAGAGAGCACUUCAGGGAGCGAGAGUGAGGAAGAGGAGGAGUUUUAUGAUGCGAAUGAAGAGACUCAGAUGCUCAAGUGAAGAGCCCAGAUUUCUUCUCAGAAACAUUGAAUCGUCUUUUAUGCCUCUGGCUAAGGCAGGUUCUCCGUUGACACCUAAGAGAGCUGUAGAAAGACAGGCUUGAACUUACAUAGGUGAUACUCAGUGUGACAUGAUUUUUUGAGGCACAAGAAAAGCUGGAGAAGAGAUUUCAUGAGAGAGGACCUCUCUGCAUUGAAGGAACAGUUGUUAAUUUGUCCAAAAUGCCGGUUUAGCUCAGAAUCAUAACCUCUGACCCAAUAGCUCAAACACACAUUCCAGAGUGGUAGGGAGAGUCAUUAAUCAUACUGCUUUUCCUUCAUCGUGACCUAAAGGCAGAUACGUAAAAUUGUUCACCCUUUCAGUGGGAUAAGUUAUUCUUAAGCUUGAAUCUUUAUACCAUUUUCAAUAUCUAUCUCUACCAGUUGUACCUCACCAGGACUCUUUAGAGGCAGAUAAGAUUUCAGUUCUGUGUCAGAGGAAAAGCAGCGAGAGGUGUUUGUGUGGCCCGAGGCCCUCCAGCUUUACCUUAACUGAAGACGUUUGAGUUUUCAGCUUGCUUCCAGCCUACUGGUUGGCUUGAGUUACCUAUGCCUUUAGUCCCACAGAUGAUUGACAAGUAAAAGCCAAAUGUACCAAAGAGAUUUUCUUCAGACUCAGAGCCCUGUUAGCUCCCUUUGAUGCUCAGAUCGUGUCAUCUCUUUAGUUCCCACUUAUACAUACCUCCGGAAAAAUUUCCAUCUGAGGUUCCACCACCAGCAAUAAUCUCAAAAUCAUACAAAGUAAAUGAUAAAGCUUUAUAAAGAUGGAAGGCAGUUAAAAAGUGGCAUGUUAAUCACUUGCAUCUAAAACAA